AUUAUUCCUUAUAUGGCUCCAGAGAUUUUGCAAAGACAAAAAUAUACUAAAGCUUCAGACAUAUAUAGUUUUGGAAUGAUUAUGUGGGAGUUGAUGACAGGUAGAAGACCUUUUUGGGAUCGAAAUCAUGAUACAGAACUUAUUAUUGAUAUUUGUGAUGGUUUACGACCACCAAUUGUCACAAAUGCACCUGAAGGUUAUAUUAAAUUAAUGAAAGAAUGCUGGCAUUCUAAUCCAAGUAAAAGACCAACAGCUACUGAUAUAUGCGUGAGAUUUAGUAGAAUGCGUUCCAAGGAAAGAAAUUUAAAUUGGAAAAACAACCAAACUGUAAUCAUGAUAGAGUCAUCAGAUAUUGGACCUGUUCCAAAAAAUAAUCCAGGUGCCAUUUAUAAGAGUAGACCUUUAAGUGCCAUGAUUAGUUCUGCAAUGUCUUUAAGGAGUUCAAAAAGUCAAUCUAUUAAUUUAGAAAAAUUAAAAAGAAGAGUUGAAGAUGAUUUAAUUGAAGAUAAUAAUGAAUAUGGUCGAAGUAUUAAAAGAGAAAAAUUAUAUGAAAAUGAAGAUUAUCUUACAGAAGAAAUCAACUUAGACAUUGAUGUAAAUUUUAAUAAUAAUGAUUAUUUAAUAAUGAUAAAUGAAGAAAUUUCUUUUGGAAAAAAAUGCGUGAACAGAUUAAAUCUAACAUAUGAACUAGAUGAGCUAAAUCAAAACUUUAUGUAAUUCAUAUGAUUAUUAAAAAGUAAAGGAAUUAUUUACAUCCGAGUGCAUCAUUAUUUAAAGAUUAUAUCAAAUGAUUUUUACAUUCCGAUAUUAUCCAAGAAUUUAUUUGUAAGUUUCCAAUAAACUUCGAAGUUGGUUAUUUUACAAAUUUGGGACUUGAAUAAAAAUUUGGAC